GGAGAAAAAAAAUCAGAGUAAUUAUCAGAAGAGGAGAAGCGCACCUGACGAACAUAGAGUCGAUAAACCCAAAGCUUAGAUGAACGGUAAGUUGACUUCGUUCCGAAAUUGACCCAAUAAUCUCUUGACACGUCAAAGGUUACUGCAUCCGUGUAAUCCAUACCCUGAACCGGCACCUUCUCUGUCUCCCCCCCUCAUCGAAAACCUAAAUCGAUCGUCACCGCCUCCGACCAACAUCUCCCGGCGGCGAACACUCCCCGGAAAAACAUCGACACUGUUUAGUCUCUGCGAGAAAAUGAGACGGCGAAGUUGGACGUCUCAAUUUUUGGAAACCCGAUUUGAUGAUUAAAAGAACCCUCCAUUGUUUUUUCUUUUCCAACGAGUGAUGCUAAAGCCAUGAAAAGUGGAUUUCAGGAUUGAUAAUGGCGUAGCUUCUGAGAUGAUGAUGGGGGAUCCAGUCGAGCUAGAGGUUACCACGGUCGAGAACCAUAAUGAAAUGGGCGAGAGCUCUGGUCAAGCAAUGAUUGAGCAAGAUGAUGAAAACCAUAAUGAAGUAGGUGAGAAUUCUGGUCAUCAAGAAAUGCUUGAACAAGAUGAGAAGGUAGAUCCGGAUUCUAUCUCUCUGGCAGCUCCAGAUAUGGUGGAGGUUCAAGCGGAUGAGCCUUAUGUUGGGCAGGAGUUUGAGUCUGAAGCAGCAGCACAUGGGUUUUAUAAUGCUUAUGCUACAAAAGUAGGGUUCGUUAUCCGUGUUAGCAAACUGUCACGGUCAAGGCAUGAUGGAUCUCCCAUAGGGAGGCAACUUGUUUGUAACAAGGAAGGCUACAGGUUGCCUAGCAAGCGAGACAAGGUUAUUAGACAAAGAGCGGAGACAAGGGUUGGAUGUAGAGCAAUGAUCUUGAUUCGAAAAGAAAACUCUGGUAAAUGGGUUAUUACAAAGUUUGUCAAGGAGCACAAUCAUCCCUUGAUGCCUGGAAGGGUUCGAAGGGGUUGCAUCUAUGAUCAAUAUCCGAACGAGCAUGACAAAAUCCAGGAGCUGAUGCAGCAGCUAGCUGCAGAGAAAAAGAGAGCCGCUACUUACAAAAAGCACCUGGAGUUGCUCUUUGAACAGAUUGAACAGCACAACGAAAGCCUUACUAAGAGAAUCCAACACAUAGUAGACAAUGUGAGGGAUCUGGAACAGAGAGAUCAUCAACAGAACCCAGUAUAGUCUUUUUCUUUUCUUUUUUUUUGUCUCAGGUUUUUCCUUGUUCAUUUUUCACCAGUUUGAUUUAGGAGAUAGAUCUUCUCUUCUUUAUUCCCAUUUUCUCUCUUUUAAUAAAGAUUUUUCUUGUCUAAAAACAAAAGAGCUUGCAAUUGCCUUUAACAGAGUUUACACA